AUGGCUCCUAACGUUGCGGGGACUGAACUAUCCGCGAAGCGUCGGCAGUACGCUGGCGAGCCUGGUUUCAAAGGUCUUGUUAGCAAUGGAAAGGCCUUUGCAAUCGCCUUAUUCGCCUCUCUGGGUGGUCUGGUUUACGGAUACAAUCAGGGAAUGUUCUCCUCAAUUCUGACGAUGCACUCCUUCCAAACAGAGAUCAAAGGUUAUGCCGCCGAAACCGGUACGAAGCAAGCUAUCACGACCGCAAUCCUGGAACUCGGUGCAUGGGUUGGCACCUUGCUGAAUGGGUGGCUGGCUGAUGCGAUUGGUCGUCGUUCAACGACGAUCCUCGCAGUCGCCGUUUUCUGCGUCGGUGUCAUUGUCCAGGCAAAUACCCAUGCAGUCAGCUUCAUUCUCGGGGGUCGGUUUGUCACUGGCCUGGGCGUGGGUAGCUUGAGCAUGAUUGUGCCCUUGUAUAACGCUGAACUGGCCCCUCCCGAAAUCCGUGGCUCCUUGGUCGCAGUCCAGCAGCUAGCAAUUACCUUCGGCAUCAUGAUCAGUUUCUGGAUUGGGUACGGAUGUAAUUUCAUCGGCGGUACUGGUGACACUCAGUCGCGAGCCGCGUGGUUGAUUCCUGUCUGCAUCCAACUCAUUCCCGCUAUUGUUUUGGGCAUUGGCAUGGCCGUGUUUAUGCCUCAGUCUCCUCGUCACUUGAUGAAUACGGGUCGCGAAGAGGAAUGCUUGAAAGUCUUGGCCUGGCUGCGCGGCAAACCGACAGAUGAUAUGCUGGUGCGUAUUGAGUACUUGGAGGUCCAGGCUAUGCACAUAUUUGAGAAGGAAACAGCGGCAGCGAAGUAUCCCCACUACCAGGACGGUUCUGCUAAGAGUCGAUUCAUGAUCCUGGUCAACGAUUAUAAGUCACUUGUCACCAACCCUUCCCUAUUUAAGCGCUCUAUGGUUGCUUGCUUGAUCAUGGUUUUCCAGCAGUGGAACGGAAUCAACGCCAUUAAUUAUUACGCCCCUUUCAUCUUCAAAGGCAUUGGUCUGACUGGUAACACCAUUGAUCUUCUGGCAACCGGCGUCGUGGGUAUCAUGGAAUUUGUCUUCACCAUUCCUGCCGUCCUUUGGGUGGACAAAUUUGGUCGGAAGAGCAUUCUGAUUGCUGGUGCCAUCGGCAUGGCCUCGUGUCAUUUUAUUGUCGCCGCAAUCAUUGGUACUUACAAGAAUGACUUUGCAAGCCACAAGUCCGCCGCCUGGGCAGGUGUGGUCUUUGUUUGGAUAUAUUGUAUCAACUUUGGAUACUCGUGGGGCCCGGUGGCUUGGAUUGUCGUCUCAGAAGUCUUCCCGCUGUCGAUGCGUGCCAAGGGUGUUGCUCUCGGUGGUAGCAGUAAUUGGGUGAGUGGUCUCAUUCGAAAUCCGUGUUAUAGUGCUGACUUCUUUGCUACGAAACAGCUCAACAACUUUGCUGUUGGUAUGGCCACGUCCCCUUUUAUUUCCACCACCCAAUUCGGCGCUUUCAUAUUCUUCGGCUGCAUCACUUUGCUCGGAGCUUUCUAUGUUUGGUUCUUCGUGCCUGAGACCAAAGGCCGGACUCUCGAAGAGAUGGACGAGCUGUUUGGCACGACCGGUCUAGCAGCUGCUGAUAGUGAGCGCAAACGUCGCAUUGAACGAGAUAUCGGCCUGCUUGCACUUCUUGGGGAGGAAGACGCGCUUCCAUCGGAACCAAAGAUGGAAUCAGAUGAGGCUGUUGAGAAGUCGAUCCAUCAUGAGGAGACGAACAGCCUUCCCGUUCACAGUACUUGA